AUGAUAAGCAUGCCUAGAGCCAAGGCAAAAAAGAGGCAGUCAACGUCAAGCGUAUUUCAAGGGAAUGAUGAUACGGUGAUUAACGAAAGCGCCGGAAGCUCAAGAACGAUAAACUUUCGUGAUGUGCAAGAAUCACUGUACCCCUUCAGGGGCGACGAUUCAUACUCCGUCGAGAAAUGGGUCGCGGACGUUGAAGAAAUGGCCGAGGUCUGUGGAUGGACCAGUCUCGAAAUAUUCAUUUACGGUAAGUGCCUACUUCAAGGAACUGAAAUGUUGUAUAUCCGAGCUGAAUGUGGUAUUAAGUCCUGGGAAACAUUGUGA